ACUUAAGUUCAGCCAAGUAGUUCAAGUGUUUGGCUAUGUAAAUAAAUUACAUUGAAUUGGAUUGAAUGGAAUUGAAUUGAAUUAAAUUGCAUUUUGAAAUAUGCAAAGACGUAUUCAACCAGUAUCAAUCAGUAUAAAAGACUUGAACAUUUCAAGAAUAUACUAUAAGUUUCAGUACUAUCUACGCUGAUUUUUUGAAAAUGAAAAAAACAAAUUUAAUUGUUACCGUAAUUUACGUAGUAGCUCUAGUAGAGUCGAUAUUAUCGUCACCGACGGCAAUUAAAUUGGAAAAUUGCAUCGAUGAACAUAGCAAAUGUACCAAUAUACAACCUGGGCAAACUAUUUUUGGUGUACGAAUGUCAUUGACGAACGAGAAUUCUUUCCGCAUUUACCUUUGCAGUUGCGAACGUAGUUUUGAUAAGUGUUUAAGUGAUGUGAAUACACCAAUCGCCGAUGAAGUGGCAGAAUUUUAUUUCAAAGUUCAAAAUAAAUGCUAUAUGAGAAUAAAACAACCAACCUGCACAAAGAACUUAUAUGAGUCAAUAUUAUAUGGAAAUGUCUUAUUAUCUCGUUGUAUGGAAUAUACAACUAAUCCGACAACCGCAAUAGAACCACGCCUAUUAGAUAAUAAUUUGUACGUGAAAAAUGAAGCAUACACCUUAUAUUUGGACGGUUCAUUACUGUCGGCCCACUAAAUGAGAUAUUUAGCAAAAUUUAUAAGCAUUUUUUUUUUGGUUUUUUUUAUUUUGAUGAAUCUAUCACAUUUUGGCUUUUAAUAUUUAAAUAGGUGCAAGUGUUAAAUAGUUUAAA